CUCAAAACUCAAAAAGAUGAAAAAUAUCUGAAAUAUCUUAGUACGAACGCGUACUAAAUGAAAGUCCCCAGAAAAUGUUUCAUAAACUGCGCACGAGCGACGCACGUGCACUGUACUCGGAGUUCAAGUUGUUGGUGGUGUGUGGGUCAAGGGUUAGAAUGUUGUUUUGAUAUUUUAUGGAAUAUUUUUAUUGUUCUGAUCUGAAACAUUUGUACUAUGACCAUGAAGACUUCUGACACGGCUGAAAGUACAAGUACUGUGAAAGAUGACUUAACUGAGCGGGUUAAAGAGCUGGAAGAAGUAAAGGUAGCUGGGGGAAGCAUUGUUGAUGAUAAGCCAUCAUUUUGUGCUGAUUCUAAGUUCCUGUUUGUCAUCAAUGAUGGAGCGGUGCAUGGCUACAAUGUGGCCACGGGAGAGUUGGCCGGCAGUCUGGAGGGGGCGCACCCCAUUGUGGCCCUUUCACCAGAGCCAUCCAAUCCCAGGCAGCUAAUAACAGCUGAUGCUUCUGGCUCCAUGAUCCUGUGGGACUUUGUCCUGGCCACCUCCCUCAAGAAGUGGAGCCUCUCCCAUCUGCUGACAGAGGGCAGCACGGUGGCGGGCCUGGUGCGGCCGGCCGGCUGGUCGAAGCCUCUGCUCCUGGUCCGCGGACCGGGCACUGAGGAGCCGCUGGCCGACCUGCUGCGUCAGCCGACCAAGAAGGAGGGCCGGCCGGCGCGGCCGGUGCUGCGGGAGGUGCGCCGCGGCGCCGCCGGCCGCUGGGAGGUGGACUGCGGCUGGCAGGGCCGACUGGUGGCCGCCAUCGUCAAACGCAACGAGCUGCUCGUCAGGAACCUCUGGAACAAAGACUCGGCCGCCAAACAGAAAUACAGCAGUCUCCGCACGGACGCCGACCGUCCGUUCACGUGCGUUGCAUGUCACCCGAGCGAGGCGACGGUGGCGGCCGGUGACUCCAGCGGCCGUCUGCUGCUCUGGCGCCGCCUGCUGGCCGGAGACCAGCCGCCCGUCCGCUCCGUGCUCCACUGGCACACACUGCCCGUGCCCAGCGUCGGGUUCUCGCCGGAGGGCACAUACCUGGUCUCCGGCGGCGGCGAGUGCGUGCUCGUCUUCUGGCAAACCCACGACGAGAAGCCAUCAUUUGUGCCGCGCCUGGGUAUGGCCAUACGUCACGUGACCGUGUCGCCCGACAAUCAGCUGGUAGUGACGUCACACAGCGACAACGUGUUGCGUCUGGUGACGCCUCAGCGCCAGGUGUCCCGGGUGAUCCACGGCCUGACCUGGGGCGCGGGCGGCGCUCCGUCCACCGGCCUGGUGUUGGAGCCCCGCUCCGGAGCUGUGCUGCUGAACGGCGCCGUGGGUCACCUGCAGCUGUUCUGUCCGCACACCAGGAGGGACCUGUACAGCUUGGACGUGGUUCAGACCAAUUACCUGACCCGGGAGCGGACCGGGGCGCCCGUCACCUGUGACGUCACACGGGUGGCUGUGACGUCAGACGGCGCCUGGAUGGCCACCCUGGAGGAGCGGGACGACGGCCAGUCCACCGCAGAGAGGAGGCUCAAAAUCUGGGAGUUUGACGACACCAAACAGAGUUUCGUGCUGAACACCUGCGUGGAGGACCCUCACGAGAGCUCCGUCACAGCACUGGAGUUCCAGCCCGGGGACGCCGCGAAGGUGGCGCCCCUGGCGGUCACUACCGGAACCGACGGCGCCAUCAAGUACUGGAGUCUGGUCGACGACUCGGAUAUCUAUGGCGCGAAGCGGUGCUGGAGCUGUGACGCGGUGGGCUCCCACCACCGGCUGCCGGCCGGCUGUGCCGCUUUCUCCGCCGACGGUGAGCGGCUGGCCGUCGGGUUCGCCGCCUCGGUGACCGUGUGGGCGCCGACCACUAACACACUGCAGCACACGCUGAGCAACGUGACCGUGCGCGGAGACGUCAGGCAGGUGGCGUUUGGCCGCGGCGAGUGCUCCCACCUGCUGGUCAGUCGCACUGAUUCCGGUCUCCGCGUGUGGAGUCUCCAGUCGCUCACACUGACGGCCAGAAUUGACGUGCACGUGACGUCACUGGUGGCCGAUCCGCUGUCAGAGUAUAUGGCCGCCUUCAGCGCCUCAAAUAAAGUGUUUGUGUUCCGUCCGAGUAGUACGCGUCCCGUCCACCAGGCGGCGCUGGGGCGACCCGUGUCAGCCGCCUGCUUUGUACCCCAUCAGCGGCCCCGACCCGACCUGCCCGAGUGGCAGCGCGCCUCGCAGCUCUUCUUUCUCAAUGACCAGCAGGCGCUGCACACGCUCGACGUGCCGGAGGCGGCCGGCGGCGCGGCCGGCUCCGUCCCGUCUGCUGACGUCAUAGGUGGCCAGGUGCGGCCCACGCCGUUCGGAGCGCUGGUAGCCGAACAGCGCCGAUCGGCGGUGACCUCUGCCGAGACUGUGGACCAGUCGGAGGUCACGCCAGGACUGCAGAAAAGCCUGGAGCUGCUCGAGGGGCCGAGUCACACCAUGCCUCCUCUGACGCGGAUAUGUCUGCCGUUCCUCCUGGGGCUCCUUCCGCCACCUGUCAGUGACGACGUGGAGAUGACGGAGACUCCCCAGCCGGAGGGACAGGGAGACGACUCGGACUCCGGGGAGAAGGACGACAGUGCCGCCGCCGCUACCGCCGCCGCCGCCGCCGACGACGACGACGACAAGGAGGAGGAUGAGGAGGAGGAAAUCUCCCCUGCCGAGCUGGAGACAAGGCUGGACAACCUGCUCAACAUGGACUUCUCGUGGCUGACGGUAUGACCUCGCCGGCCCGGUGACCUGACCUGACCUGACCCGUGGGAGGCAGGUCAGCAGACGUGAGAGGUCGGGCGGGACGCAACUGUGGUGUAGUGUACCUCAUGAGGUGUGUGAGAUCAUUUCACAUUUUGUAAAUUUGAAGGAGCAGUUUUUGAAGUGCUGAGGUUUGGACAAUGCAAUGAAUACAUAAAUGUGUGAAUCAUA